AUGAAGAUUUUGGUUUGUGGAGGGGCGGGAUACAUCGGAACUCAUUUCGUGCGGUCGUUAUUACGCCGUACUUCUCAUAAUGUAAUUAUACUUGACAGUCUGGAUGCAACGCACGGUCGAUCGGAUCAUAUUGAUACCAAAGAGAAUGCCUUGAGAAAAGGACUUCUUACGGAAAAGAAGGAAGGCGUAAGUGGAACCAAUGAAGACGGGAAAUCGGAGCGUUUUGCCGUACUGGAGGUUGGGGAUGUGCGAGAUGUAAACUUUUUAAAUGAUGUUUUCACUCGCCAUGCCCCUAUUGAUGCGGUGGUGCAUAUGUGUGCCUCUAUUGUGGUUCCAGAAAGUGUACGAGACCCAUUGUUGUAUUAUGAUAACAACGUUAUUGGCAUUAUUCGACUAUUGCAAGUCAUGCGGCAUCAUAAAUGUGAUAAGAUUGUCUUCUCCAGCACAGCAGCACUCUUCGGUAAUCCUGCGGCCUUAACGUCAGGAAGUGUGAGCAUGGAACCUAUUCGUCCAGAUGCGAAGAAAAACCCUGAAAGUCCAUAUGGAGAGACCAAACUGGUAGCUGAAUGGCUUCUGAAGGACUGUGCACAGGCGUAUGGAAUUAAGAGUGUUUGUUUGCGUUACUUCAACGCCUGUGGAGCCGACGAGGAUGGUGAUAUUGGCGAAGAUCAUGAACCCGAAACGCACCUCAUUCCUCUCAUUCUCCGCGUGCCACUGGCGGAGGAAAUCAACAAACGCCGACGCGAACGACAAUUGCCGCCUGUGCAGGACUUUGUCUCUAUCUUCGGAACGGACUAUCCCACACCCGAUGGGACGUGCGUGCGGGACUACGUGCAUGUCUACGAUCUCGCCACGGCGCAUUUGUGUGCGUUGGACUUCUUGGCCAAACUCGGCCCGGACGACAAGUCGCGGUUCUUCUCGGCCUUCAAUCUCGGCACCUCGCACGGCUAUUCCGUGCGGGAAGUCAUCGACGCCGCCCGCCGCGUGACGGGCCAUCCGAUUCCCGUGAAGGAGUGCGAGCGGCGACUGGGCGACCCGCCGGUGUUGGUGGCCUCCGGGGCCGAGGCGGCGUCGGUGCUCGGCUGGCAGCUCAAGUACGACAACAUUGACAAGAUCAUCGCCUCCGCGUGGAGGUUCCAUCAGGCACAUCCUACAGGGUAUACAUCCUAG